CCUUCCUAGGGACCGUGCAUGCUGCAAGCUUGUCCAUCUGGCCGCCAUCCCCUUCUGUUUUGCCUGCUCCGCUCCCCACGAUGGCAUUGGGGCGUAUCUCUUUUAGCUCGUGAGGAGAAGCCUUUCUCCUCCCCUACUUUUCCCUUUCGCUUCCCAUACUUUUUUUCCCCUUUCUUAUUUGCCGUGACCUCAUUCCUCACUGCUAAGCACCAGCUUGUUCCUUGGAUCUCGGCUUCCCCCUCACCACCUGCAAGUCGAGUGUGGAUUCUCCUCCGCCCCCCGUCUAAAACGACGCCAACUGCCAGCCCAUCGCUUUUGCUGACCUGCCUACCGCCUGGGUGCCCCAACCAACGACUCUUCCCCGGAUUGCAAUUGACGUUUAACCCUUCGCUGUCCACGAUACCGCCAAGUUUGAGCGCGCAUGCAACACGCCUUGGACCACCACCACAACGACGCAUAGCCACGUUUUUUCCCGUCGAUUCUUUACCGCCUACCACCAGCGCCUCACGUUUUGUGGUUGGGUAGUUUUCUUUUACUGCUUCUGUCUCUUUCAUCUCACUCCCACCUCACCACACUUACCCUUUCCUCUCCCGACGACGCCGUUUGACCCCAAGCCCGAAAGCUACCUUGGUUCACAAGCCAAGCCAGCAGCAGCAAUUUUUUUUGAGGUGUCAUCUGCGAAUGCUGGAUACACAGCUUCCUCCUGCUUCGCCUAGCUCGACCCUACCCGCGUCGGCUACUACUACUUCUCGCUUGGUCUGCUCUUACGCCUGUCCUCACUCGUCGCCGUCGCAAUCGGCGCACCACCACCCACGCUGCUCGUCACAAUCACAUUCCCCUCUCCCGUCACACGGACACUCGCGUACAUCAACUCUUAGCCAGACGACGUGUGAGAGGGGAUAGACUCUGUGACCUGAAAUACUACGCCACUCAGCGCAGCAGCUCCAGCUCCAGCAUUUUUCUCUUCUCCAACUCGUUGGCGUAACCGCUGCGUGCACCCCGUACCUGUGUGUGCGAAACGCACCUGACCCUAUCCUACCUACACUUCCUCCCCCGCCUCAUUGCUUUGGUGUGUUGGGCUCACCAGUACCAGCGCGGCCAACUCACUCACUCACACCCUAUAUCCUACACUGGGCUAUACGCGCCCGUUCAUCUUCUCCUUAUGCCAUCUAUGGAAGGCCCCUCUCUUUUACUGGCUGCCAGCCAGCCAGGCGCAACCGCCAGCACCGACGGCGAGGUUAAGGUACCAAAGCCAAAGACGUUACCUUGCAGGUACUGCAGCAAGCGUUUUAGACGAGUAGAGCAUGUCCAGAGACAUGAGAGAACACAUACAAAGGAAAAGCCGUUUUCUUGUGCCUGGGACCGGUGCGGUAAAACCUUUGGUCGACGGGAUCUUCUUGUUCGCCACGAAAAGCUGGUUCACCUCAACGAGAGCAGCAAAGAAAACACACGACCUCCUAGAUCUUCAUCCAGCUCUGGUUCACACAAGCCGUCACUGUCCGAUGGACAAGUUUCAGUCGAUGCCAUGGGCAUGCACCCAAAUAGUGGCCCUCCGCCAAACCCCGUACCGCCACCAGACCAAUCGCCAUAUCAACAGCAUUCUAUGAUGGCUACCACAGGGGGAUCUUCAAUAAUACAAGAUCACAGACUUCCUUCACGCAUGGGUGCAUGUAACCUAGACGUGCUCUCACAUGCGGCCUUGGCUACAGAGAGCAACAGUAUGCCUCCCAUGCUCAGUACAAUCACACAGCAGCCAACGAGUCACACGAGAGUAAAGAGUUAUGGUGAGCCAGCACCGCCAUUUUCUGACAGACCUCGAGAGGAUCCCCAUAGUCUCAACUCGAGGUUUGCACCACCUCCGCAGCACCAACCGUCUCAGCCAAUGUACGAUAGCGAGAACUUCUUCCUCGACAACCUUGGCUCAUCCGCUCACUUCUUGCCACCUCACUUCGAAUCUCAAAAUCUUAACAGCCGUGCCGUCAAUAGACCACCUUCUCAGUUCCCGUCCAGGUUUGGUUCCAUCGCCCCAGAUGAAGCAGAGCUGGCGGGUAGAGGGCCUGAUGAUGGGCCGAAGCAACCGCCCCUGUUUAUAUCAAAUGCGGAACACGGUAUUAUCAAGGCAAAGUUUGAUUCUUUCGCCUCUGUUUUGCCCGAAGAUUUUGUAUUUCCGUCAAAAGUAACGUUUUUGCGUUGGGUGGAUGGCUAUAUCAGCGGCUUUCACGACCAGCUCCCAUUUCUUCAUCUUCCCACAUUAUCUCCGGUAAAUCUUGCUCCUGAACUUAUAUUGGCAAUUCUAGCAGUAGGAGCCCAGUAUAGAUUUGAGAGCAACCGGGGAUAUUCCCUGUGGUACGCUGCCAAAGCAGUUGCCAUUGAGCAGAUCCGACGUCGGCACAGCUCCGAGGUCCACGCCCUGUUGCCGACCGCGGCCGCCUACAGCCCACAAUCCACAAAGCCAUCUCCCAGCACCACAUAUCGUAAUUCGUUUGCUUCGGCUCAUUCAGACCGCUCUGGCGGCCAGGAUGGUACCCGCCGUGAUUCUUCCGUUAAUACACCGCAAGCCAGAUUGGAAACUAUCCAAGCUGUGCUGUUGUUGUUUGCAGUUGGGCUGUGGGGAGUAAAGACAAUAUUGCACGAAGCAUUGGCACUGCAAAGUAAUCUCGCAAUGCUCAUUCGAGAAGAGGGACUUUACAUGGAUACCAGCCAGGCGUCUAUUCCUGACUGGGAAUCCUGGGUGAGACGUGAAGGCGCCGUCCGGACAAAGCUCAUUGCUUUUUGUUUUUUCAACCUUUGCAGCACUGCAUACGAUAUGCCCCCGGUACUAUUGACACCAGAAGUUCACCUAUUCUUGCCGCUGCCAGCUCGUCUUUGGAGAGCUGAAAACGCCUGGCAAUGGCAAGAGCUUCGCCAAUCUACACCUGUGGUAGAGAUUACAUUGCAUGAAGCAUUCUCACGACUCUUUAGCCGCGCUAACCCUGGGCUUCCACCGCAACUGUCUACCCUCGGCAACUACAUUUUGAUCAACGCCCUCAUCCAGCAUAUAUACCUAUUGAAGCAAACAUCCUUUAUGAGCAACUCUUACAACAUGCAGCGCAGCCUGAAGCCGGACGAUGUGGAAGAAGUCGCCCAAGCCCUUUCAUUAUGGCAGACAAAUUUCGAAGAGCGAGUCAACUUGAGAGCUGCGGAAACGACCAACUUUAGCGGCACGGAUACAGUGACAGGCGGAUCUCUAGUGUAUAACGCCACAGCACUGCUCCGAUUGGCAUUCAUCCGAUUAUACACGGAUAAGCCUCCCAGCAGAGCCUUGGAGACUAGAGAUUCCAUGCUGAUUGCGUCGGCCAUGGUAAAUACGCCUCCGCUUGCCCGCAGCCCGCGGCUGCACCGUGCGAUAUACCAGGUUAUGCAUGCACUAUCUGUGCUCGUCAAGGCUGGUGUAAACUACGUGGCGAGGACCAAGUCUACGGAGUGGAGCAUCCAGCAUUCUAUUUGCAAUUUGGAAUGCGCCAUCUUGCUGGCUAAAUGGCUGCUAACAUUGUCUGUCAUCACACCAUCUGACCCUCCGAUUUCGCUGGAGGAGAAGCAGAUUCUGGAUACAGUACGACGAUUGCUGGACGAAACCGAGUUUGCUGUCCCCUUUGACCCGUCCAUGAUUGGUGUCUCGCCAGAGAUGGCCGGAAAUGAUGCAUUGAAGCUACGACAACUUGCUGGAGCUGUGGUGCGACUCUGGGCAGAGACCUUUAAGGGAACGCAUAUUUUCGACAUGGUCAAGAUUAUGGGUGGCAGCCUGGACAUGUAUGCGGAUCUUUCCAUGAAGCAGAUGGAUCGUGGACAUAUGGCGUGAUUUCAUCCGCCUGACAUUGGUGGGACUCUAUAGAAGACCGAUCUGGCUCUCUCGAGCGGGAUAGUCUUGGUGUUUUUUUUUCUUUCUUUUUGAAUUUUGUUGGUGGCCAUGGGAGAAUGAGCGAAUGCACAAAAGCCAGCGAUUUGAGAUUUUUACCGUUCUCUGGACGAGGAUACGAGAUGGCAUGAUUUACAUGAUUUAUUCAUCUAUUUUUUCUUACCCAGUACUUAUACAUUUACAUAUUCUACUCUAUCAACCAUCUUUGGUAUCAAGACCGGCC